AUGACCUGGCCACAGGAGAUCGACCACAUGGAGCUGUCCAACGGGCGAAGCAUGACUGUCUGCGCGCUUCACCAGCUGGUGACCUGCGGCAAAUGCUGUGUCGACUUUAGAUUCGACAACUCGGACGAUGAGCACACCGCCGACGAGGACUUGGGCGUGGUCAAAUCCGCCAAACACACUCCUGAGGCCCAUGUUUAUGGUUUCCGUGCAGUGAUGCCCGAACUCGCCAAACCCAAGGCCCCGAACAUUGUCAUCGAGAUCCCCGAGAAGACCAAGCACUUCGGCACCGUAUUCGGCCAGAGGAAGAAGAAGCCCAUGUCGCUCGUUGAACUCUUCCCCGCCAGCAGCUGCGUCCGGGUCAAACCCAACGUCAAGCGCUGCAUGGAUCGCUACGAUAGCCUCGAGUGUCUGAUCUACACGGACGGCGCCUGCUUCGACAACGGCGCCGCCGACGCCCGCGGCGGAAGCGGCAUCUUUUUCAAACCGACUUACAUCAGCGAUCAGAGUGGCAGUGCCGCUUUCAAGCUCGAGGACCGCGGCCCUGAUGGCAAAGCCUACCGCCACAUGAGCAACCGCGCCGAGCUGCGCGCCAUCAUCGCGGCGCUCCGUUACCGGGCGUGGCAGAGCGAGGGUUCAAGAGCGUCGUCAUCGCCACGGAUUCGACCUACGUCGUCCACGGCGCGACGGAAGGCCUGGCACUUGUCGACUGGCGAGCCCGUCAAGAACCGCGACCUCUGGGAGGCGUUGCUCCCAGACGUCGAGAAGCUGCACGACCGUGGCCCCCACGUCCGCUUGUGGCGGAUCCUGCGCAAGUUCAACCACAUCGCCGACAGGGCCGCCAAGGGCGCGGCCGCCAUCCUUAUGACGACGGACAACUUUACCGAUGUCUUUGGCGACCAUGUGUAG